UGGCCGUCGGUUGUUGCUGGGAGACGGCUGGCGGGAACGGGAGCGGGAGCGGGAGCGGGAGGGGCAGCGGCGGUCGGGAAGCUGCGGCCCGAGGGCGAUUGCAGCCGCCGCCAUGAGCCACCAGGGAGCCGCGCUGCAGUCGUACAACAACGAACUGGUUAAAUGCAUAGAGGAUUUGUGCACAAAGAGAGAGGAGCUGAAUCAGCAAAUUCUCAAGGAAGAAGAAGAGAAGAACAGACUUCAGAAUGACAUUCGCAUUUUGACGGAGAAACUUGCAAAGGUGAAUGAGAGCCUAGCACGCAAAAUGGCCACACGAAAUGAAUUUGAUAGAACUAUUGCAGAGACUGAAGCCGCUUAUAUGAAGAUCCUGGAAAGCUCACAGACUCUGCUGACUGUCCUGAAGCGGGAAGCUGGAAGUCUGAGUCAAGUCAAAGAGAACAGGGAUGAAUGACUCCUGAUUUUUCUGCAAUCAGCUUCAAUCACAGCAGUGAGAAAUGUCCUCAACAGAUGCCCACUGUACAGUUUCAAAUAACACCUCUAUCAGGGAUUUUUGAUUCUUCAAAAAAAAUGACUUGUUUGUAGUGCUGCGUUGUAAUAAAGUAUAUAGAUAGAGAAAACAUGAAUUAUUUAAAUAUAUCAUUAUAAUGAUUGGGAAUCGUUCCAGCACUAGAAAGAAGUUUACCUGCCUUUUAUGGUGAGAGGAGGGAUAGUGAUCCCCGAUUUCUGUAAUAGUUUUAUCAUUUGAACUCCCCCAAUCACUUUGGCAUUGAAGGAAAAUGCUAUGCUGUGAAGGAGGAAGUCGACAGGAAUAGCUAAUGUCUCGGUGGGCAUUGGCCACAAAAAUCUUUGUGCAGUCAUACGUUUUUCAACACAAAGUUCUAAAUUUUGGUAUUGCAACAUCUAUAGACAGGAUAACUGAGUUCAUACUUAAAGAUUUAGUUAAAGCUUUAUGUCAAACUAUUGUAGGAUUUUGUGAAUAAAACACACGAGUCAGUUUAUAUGCUUAAAAGCCACAACCCUUUACUUCCAUUAUGAGCAGUCCGAAAGCAGUGGCCUUACAUUGACAUCAUUACAUCAGACACCAUCUCUUAAAGUGAACACAAUUCAAUGACGGUGUUUAUCAGUUAUGUAGAACAGUUUCUGUUAUGAACAAUGUAUCAUCUGUCACUCACUGCAUUACCCUACACAGCAACCCCCCCGAUCCCAACCCAGAAUUCACCAAAACUGGCUUCGUGAAUGAGCCUGGAGCUCGUAUGACCUGCCCGGCUCGGGUCCUAUGGAGUAACAGCAGAGGUGCUUCUGGCACAUCCAGGAGUGUGCUAACAUGCAGAUGUUCAUGUUGUGACGCAGGAGGUAUGGUAGUGGAACCAUCCAGGUCUUGGCAGGCCAGUUUAAGGCGAUCUACAGAAAUACAUUCAGGUUUGCCCGUCCUACCUACAAGAAUAAUCUUUCCACCACAUUCCAAAACAGGGAACGGGCUAUCAUUAGGGGGCCUAAGUGGGUGUCAAUAUGCAUCACUAUGGACAAAAAUGAACAAGGUCAACUGAAACCCAAGAGUGCUGUUUCCAUGAUGGGAGGUAGGAAUAGACGUAAAAGAAUUGAGUUUACUUUAUACUUUAUUGUUGCCAAACAAUUGGUACUAGAAUGUACAAUCAUCUUAGCGAUAUUUGAUUCUGCACUUCCCACUCCCUGGAUUACAAAUAUUAAAUAUUAAAAAAUUAAAUUAUAAAUCAUAAAUAGAAAAAUGAGGAGGGCAGAACAUGAAGUGCCAACCAGGUGGUUGUGGAGUCAGGAAUAAAAUCACCUGGCACCCAUAGUCCCAUAGUACACCAACUGAGCUGUGUGGAGGACUGCAGGUCCUCUUUUCUGAGCCCCAGCAAGAGCCACGGGAGACGACCAUGCCCAUACUCGUCCCACGUGAGGGUCCUCAGCGCAGCCUUUAAGGAACAGUGAAAUCGCUCACACAGGCCAUUGGACUGCAUGUGAUACGCUAUGCUGUGAUGCAAUUUACCGCCAAGAUUCUGGGCCAUUGUGCCCCAGAGGUCUGAAGUGAGUUGGGGACCACGGUCAGAAGAAACAUCAGAUGAGGUGCAAAACCAAAUAACCCAGGUGUCGAUGAAUAGCCGAGCCUUGUCUGCAGCCAUCAUUGGCGCUAGAGGGAUAACCUCUGGCAUCCACCUUGGUAAGGAGAUGUGUGGAACUGCUGUUGGGGGUGGGGGGAGGAGAGCAGGGGAGGACCAACCAGGUCCACAGCAACGUAAUCAAACCAUAACUCAGGAACUUCAAAUGGUGCCAAAACAUGAUGGUUAAUUUUUGCCCUCUGAUGCACCUGUUCCUAAGAGAUCAAAUCCUAUGGCCAGUUCUCUCAGGCUCCUUUCUUGCCACCUCCCACCAAAAAGACUUCGACCCACCUUAGUGUCCAUCGUAAAAUCUCUUCCCCCAGCGUCCUGAUUGGAUGACACACAUUCCUAAGCAUCCCUUACCUAUAACAGUAACCCAAACAGGCUGGAAGCAGAACAGACUGUUCUCACAGUAUUGCUAAAAUGAAAUACCUACAGCAUAGCACAAAAUAUCUGAAGCAGGCCAUUACACAAGAGAGGGGCAACAGCUCCAUGUUGAGAAUGGUGCAUGUAUGGAAUGAGCUCUCAGAGAAAGUGAUUGAGUGAUACAAUAACAAUAUUCAAAAGACAAGUAUGUGAUUAGGAAGGGUUUAGAGCAGGGGUUCCCAGCAUGGGGUCCACAGACCCCUCAGUUAAUGGUAUUGGUCUAUGGUAUAAACAAGGUUGGGAACCCCUGGUUUAGAGGGAUAUGGACUAAAUGGGACACCAUAGUCAGCACAAAUGAGUGGGGCUAAAGACCUGUUGUCCUGUUGUAUUAUCUGUACUAUGACUCUAAAAGAAGUUGUGCAUUUGAAAAGCAUAUCCUGGACACAGUUUAAAGCUACUAAGCAUUACAUGUGUUCAGUGGCUGGCUAGAGAGACUUCAUCGAGCAUCUCAAAUUACAAUGGAGUGCAGAUCAUUUGAUAGGGUAGUGAGACGAUCAUCAGCCGAGCUGGAGUUGCACAUGCUGGGUAAGGAAUCAUUGAAUGACAAUGGUACUGAAGGAACCUUAACGUUUGUGCUGUCUCUCUGCAAGAGCAAUGCAACUAGUCCCCAUGGCUCUAUUGUUUCAUUUUCCCUCAAAUACUGAUUCAUUUUAUAUUUGAGAGCCAUAAUAGAAACUGUCCAGUCAGGCAGCCAAUGGACUCCAGAUACUGAGUAGUCAUCUGCUCUUGGGUAUGAAUUUCUGUAGCUAAGUGGUCCUGGUAGAACUCACUGAAUAUGUUUAUACAGAAAUAAAAACAAAAGAGGUGAUAGACUCUCAAUCUCUUUUAAAUGUUACAGCUGAAUCUGCCUCCAGCCCAACAAGGCAUUCCAGAACCUAACCACCUACUCCAUAAUAAAGAAAUUUUCCAUUAUCGUCUUUGAUUCUUUGGGCAAUCACCUUCCUUCAUUUUGUAUCCCAGGUUCUUGACCACAGUGGAUCUCUACUGCUUGAAGUGAGGGAGUGCAGUGCAACUGCAGUGAGAAGGCCACCUUUCAAAAAUAAUAUACAUCUAGGGUCAGUAUGAUUUGAGGUUCAGCUAAACAGGAACCUCAGGUUGUUCCGAUUAAAGAAACUUCAGUUUGAGUGAAUGCUGUGUAACUACUGCCCAUAUACAAUUAUCAAUUGGCAAGAAAUAACUGUACACCACAUAAAAUUAUAAAGCAUAUUUACUAAUUUCAGCUUUAUCAAAGUUAUUGAGAAAGAAUGAAGUAAAAGGGCCCAUUUCAGUUAAACGUGCACAUAACAGUUGGAGCUUGUGUCUUCCAAAGCUGGGUAUAACCGUUGCUCAUGGCGCUGAACCCUUGGUCUGGGUGAAAGCACCAGCUGCAGUCCAAACUUCCCUUAAAGUCCAUCUCGAACAAACUGGCUCUCUUUCAGAAGUAUUGACUCUCCUCCCUGGAGCCAUUCAUCUGCACAAAGCACUUCUUGCAAUGGGGACUCUUCUUCCCACAGCAUCCUGCUGCAUCUCCCUUCUGUUCUGCCAGAGAGUCCCCAAACUGGACUACUGUGUGUCACAAACCUCUCUCCACCCCGUUCUCUCUAGCACUUCCUCCAGAUCCCACCAUCCUGAUUGGCUGAUGCAACAUUCCAAAGCUGAACAGCAAGGCUUCUCAUCUUAGCCAAAAUCAAAACAUUCUACCAGUAGGACACACUGCUUUUGCAGAAAACUGACAAAAUGAAAUACCUACAGCAUAAUGUAGAAAUCUAAGCCAGGGUAUUACACACAGAAGGUAGCGAGUUCCUGAAAUGAGUUGUCAGAGGAAAUGAUCAAGGCAGGUACAACUGCAACAUUUAAGUUGUAUUUGCAUAGUUACAUGGCGAGGAAAGACUUGGAGGAUUAUAGGCCGAACACAGGCAAUUGGGAUGAGCAGGAAGGAUAUUAUGGUUGGCAUGGACCCAUUGGGCUGAAGGGCCAUGUUGUAUUACUUUAUGACUAUGACUCGAAGGAUUUCCCAUUUUUCCAGCCUGCAAGUCCUUCAUCGCUAGAAUAUGGAGGACCCGAGCUGGACACAAUAUUGCAGACAUGGAUAAACCCAGUGCCUCAUGUAUUCCUUGCUAUUAUACUCUAUAAUUCUUCAACCACACCACUUCAUCAACCUAACCUGCCAUUUUCAAUGUAUUGUAUUCCUUUUACCAAUGCAACCUUUUCAUAAUUACAUUUUCUCAUCUUCUGAGCAGAAAAUAAAACUAUUUCUCAGCAUUAAAUCUCAUCUGCCAUCUACCAGUUAGUGUGUCCAUAUCUCGUUGAAGUCUCUUCCUAUCCUCAGUUUAACAACCCUCCAAAUUUUGUGUCCUCUGCAAAUUCAGAGAUAGUCACCCAUGUACUAUACCUAAUCAAAUAAUGAAUUUAUAUAACUAAAGGCAAUGGUCUCUAGCACUGGACCUUGGGAAACUCCACUGUAUGCUCACUUCCAGAACGUAAUGGCCUUUCCCCAUUCUGUCUCCUGUUGCAGAGAAUGAAAAAUUGGCCACCACCCCUUCUACUCCAGGUCUUCACCCUGAGAAAGUCUACUAUGUAGUAUCUUAUUGAAAGAUCUUUGGAAGUCCACAUAAAUCAUAUUAAACACAUUUCACUCAUUGAUCUCAUCAAAAUCAUAUUAGUUUAGUUAAAAAUGACUUGUCUUUAACAAAUUUAUAAUCGGUGUUUGCUAAUCAAUCCGAGACACUAAAUUUUUAUUAUUACUUCGUCCCUUGCUUCCCAUGACAAUCUGAGAUUCAACUCAUUACAUCUGAAAAUGGCAUCACAGGCAGACAGUGGUGAAGAAGGCAUAUAGCAAACUUUUCUUCAUUGUUUGGGGCACUGACUAAAACUUGGCAAAGUCAUAUUGUAGCUGUAUAAAACUUGGAUCGCAAAAGGAAUGUUGUGUGCAGUUCUGGUUGUCACACUACGGGAAGGUUGUGGAGGGGGUGCAGAAGAGGUUCACCAGGUUGUUGCUUGGGCUGAAAUGUCUUAGCUUCAAGGAGAGAUUGGACGAACUUGCACUGUUUUCUCUGGAGUGCUGAAGGUUAAGUAACCUGACAAGUACUAAUGAGAGGAAUAGAGUAGAUAUGAGACUUUCUCCCAGGGUGGGAAUAUCAAAUACUAGAAGGCAUAGGUUAAAGGGGAAAGUUUAAAAAUAUGCAAGGCAAUUAUUUUUUCCCCCCACAGACAGUGGAAGGUGAGAUGGAAGAUGCAGAUACAGUGGCUGUGUGUAAGAGGCUUUGAGAUAAAUACACAAAUAUUCAGGGAAUGGAGGAAUAUGGUCCAUGUGCAGGCAGUUGGCAGUAGUUUACACUGGCGUCAUGCUUGGUAUAGAUAGGGUGGGUUGAAGAGCCUGUUGCUGUGCUGAGCUGUUUCAUCCGUAGUAGAUGAAAUAUCCAUUUAUGCAAGUCCAUAGUUCUAGUUCUAGCAUAUCCAGAAUCUCAGUGACAUCUCUCUUUCUGAAUCUCCAUCAGCACCUCUUCCUCUAAAAACAUGAUAUAAAGUACUUAUUUAGAUCUUAGCUGUUCCCUCUGCCUCUGUGAUAAUGACUCAGUUCUCCCUGAUCAAACUCCCUUAAAACCCUUUUUGUUUGGAUUCCCUUUUAUACCUGCUGCUAGUCUUUUUUUCAUGAACUCCUUUUCCCAUUUCCUUUAUUGCUCUUUUAAACCCUCUAUAAUCAGCCCAAUCCUCCCUUGAGCUAAAAACUUGGCAUCUGCUAUGCUUCUUUAAUUCUGCUCUGUUUUACUCUCUAUUCAUUCACCAGGGAAGACCAUAAGACAUAGGAGUAGAAUUAGGGCAUGUGGCCCAUCGCUCCUUUUUUCCCAUCCUCACCCCCAUUCCCCAGCCUUCUCCCCAUAACCAUCUUCCAACCAAGAACCUAUCAAUCUCUGCCUUAAAUACACCCAACAAUCCUGUCUCCACAGUUGCAUGUGGUAACAAUUUCACCACCCUCUGGCUAAAGAAAUUUCUCCGCAUCAAUUUUAAAUGGAUGCCCCUCUCUCCUGAGGCUGUGCCCUCUUGUCCUGGAUUCCCCUACCAUGAGGAAUAUCCUUUCCACAUCUACUGUCUAGGCCCUUCAACAUUCAAAAGGUUUCAAUGAGAUCCCCCCCCCCCCGCCAUCCUUCUAAAUUCCAGCAAGCACAGACCCAGAGCCAUCAAACAUUCCUCAUAUGAUGAUCCUUUCAUUCCCAGAAUCCUUGUGAACCUCCUCUGAACCCUCUCCAAUGCCAGCACACCAUUUCUUAGAUGAAGCUCAAAACUGUUCACAAUACUCAAGGUGAGGCCUCACCAGUGCCUUAUAAAGCCUCAGCAUUACAUCCCUGCUCUUGUAUUCUGGACCUCUUGAAAUGAAUGCUAUUAUUGCAUGGGAACUCUCACUUUAACUCCUCAAAACUUUUGAAACAAUUCCAAACUAAAAUUACAAACGGGGAAAUCUGCAGAUGCUGGAAAUUCAAGCGCUCACAUAAAAAAUGCUGGUGAACGCAGUAGGCCAGGCAGCAUCUCUGAAAAAGAAAGUACAGUCGAUGUUUGAGGCCAAAACCCUUCAGCAGGACUGGAGUAAAAAGGCUGAGGAGUAGAUUCAAAACAUGGGGGGAGGGGAGAGAAACGCCAAGCGAUAGUUGAAACUUGGAGGGGGAGGGAUGAAGCAGAGUUAGGAAGCUGAUUGGUGAAAGAGACAGA